CGAUGAUCGCUCCGCGUCUCACUCGUUGGGGAUGAGCGAUCGGUGCUCGGGCGAUUCGCGCGAGCGGACGACGAGAUCGAGGAUCGUCGGUGCAUCGGUGCCAGUGUGAAUCGUGAACCGCGCCGACGGCGCGGAGGAAAUCGGCGGUAGAAUCGGCUGUGUUGCGUCAUAUACAAAUCAACGUGAUUUUUUUUUGUUGCCCUCUAUCUCGUGGCGUGGCGUGGCGUGGCGUGGCGUGGCGUGGCGUGGCGUGGCGUGGAACGAGAGUGUAGAGUUAAAACACAGAGUGCCGUGGCCAUGAGUGCGUGACGGUACGACUAAUCUCUCUCGAGCACCCGCGCGCGAGUAUCUUCCAGCUACGGGAAUGUCGUUCAGGAUGGAAGCGAGUCAUCGCGUAGCGUCGUGGUCGUGGGUCCUGCCGGCGAUCAUCAUUCUGAUGCUGGAUCAUUGUACGGUGCACGGGCGCAGCAUCACGAGUCUAUCGCAGGCUCCGAGCGGCUGCGAGUGGAGAAAGGAAGACGACGACGGAGAAAAGAUUCUGGCAUGUCAGGUCAGAACGAUCGCGAACGUGCCCGACCUAAUGGGAAAUCUCUCGACGAUACAAAUAGAUUCCGUAACGUCUCUAGGAUUGGAAUGUAGCGAUGUGUUAUUUUUCGAAAGCCAGCUCGACGGUCCGCACAGCUUCCUCUCGCCGUUGCCGCGUCUCACGAAGCUGCGCGUCGAUUAUUGCAAAAUCCGAUACCUGCCAGGCGGCAUAUUCACCCCGGUACAUAAUCUUCGCAGUCUGUCCCUGCGAACGCAUAACAGCGAUUGGUCGACCAUGACGCUGGAGCUUCAUCGUGACGCGCUUCGCAGUCUGACGAAUCUGCAACAUCUCGAUCUUUCCGACAACAACCUUUGGACAUUGCCGUCGGAACUGUUCUGUCCGGUGCAGAAUCUCGUGAGUUUGAAUCUAACGCGCAACAAGUUACAAGACAUCGUGUCUCUGGGCUUCGCCGAUUGGGUCGAGGCCUGCACGCCGAAUCUCGAGAUACUCGACAUCAGUAAUAACGACCUCAGUGCCUUGCCCGACGACGCGCUUAGUAACUUGCACAGCCUGAUCGUGCUGAAGGUACAGGACAACGUGAUCGCCUCCGUGGGCGACAACGCUCUGACCGGCCUCACGUCCCUGCGAAUCCUCAACAUGUCUAGCAAUAGACUCGUCGCACUGCCGCCCGAACUGUUUUCCAAAACGAGAGAGCUAAGAGAGCUAAUACUCAGCAAUAAUUCCCUCACGGUGCUCGCUCCUGGGUUGCUGGACGGCCUCGAGGAACUUCAGGAGUUGGAUCUGAGCAGUAACGAGCUGACGAGCCUUUGGGUGAAGAGGGACACCUUCUCGCAACUCAACCGUCUCGUUGUCCUCGAUUUGUCUUUCAACGCCUUGACCAGGAUCGACGCAUUUAUCUUUAAAGGUCUGGACAGCCUGCAGAUCCUGAAGCUUGAGCACAACGAUAUCGAUACGCUCGCCGACGGCUGCUUUGCCUCGCUCACCAGCCUGCAUUCCUUAACGCUUUCGCACAACAGGAUCGCCAGAUUCGAGCCGGUGCACACAAUCGGUCUCAACGCGCUCGGGCAACUCUUUCUGGAUAGCAACAGACUACGCGUCCUGCACAGGCAUGUGUUCACCAAUCUCACGAGCCUCCAAGAUCUCUCUCUGAGCGGAAACGCUCUAACGGAAGUCCCUUACGCGGUUCGCGUCCUACAUUCGCUCAAAACUCUCGAUCUGGGCAAUAAUCAAAUGUCGAGAAUCGAUAAUGACUCGUUCGCAGGCUUGAACGAGGUCUACGGAUUACGUUUAGUGGACAACAAGUUGGAAAAUGUGUCGCGCGAAGCAUUUGCCACCUUGCCAGCGUUACAAGUGCUCAAUCUAGCGAACAAUUUCAUUCGUCAUGUUGAACAGAGUGCUUUCUCGAAUAAUCCGGUAUUACGAGUUAUAAGACUGGAUGGAAAUCAAUUGACGGAUAUACGAGGCGCCUUUACAAGCCUCUCGACUCUCGUUUGGCUAAACGUGUCCGAUAAUAAGUUGCUGUGGUUCGACUACAGCUACCUUCCAUCCAGCAUAGAAUGGUUGGACAUACAUGCCAAUCAAAUAACCGAGCUGAGGAAUUAUUAUCAGAUACACAACAGUCUGCGAAUAAAGAUGCUGGACGCCAGCUAUAAUCUUCUCACCACCAUCAAGGAUUUUAACGUGCCGGACAGCGUGGAGAUGCUGUUUCUGAACAACAACAAGAUACAAAGCAUCGCGGCCGGCACGUUCUCGCAAAAGCCGAAUCUGGAGAAGGUGGUGCUCUACGGCAACGAGAUCAGGCAACUGGAGAUCGCUGCCUUCGGUCUGCAAUCGGUUCCGGAUGAUAGAGAACUUCCCGCGUUUUACAUCGGAGACAAUCCUAUUCGCUGUGACUGCACCAUGGAGUGGUUGCCGCGGAUUAACGAGAUGGCACGGCUACGUCAGUAUCCGCGCGUUAUGGAUCUCGACACCGUCACGUGCGACAUGGUACACGCUCGCGCCACGCCGCGGCGUUCUCUACUGUCCUUGAAGUCGAAGGACUUUCUCUGCCGAUACGAAACGCACUGCUUCGCUCUCUGUCAUUGCUGCGACUUCGACGCCUGUGAUUGCGAGAUGACCUGCCCCGAUAAUUGUUCAUGUUAUCACGAUCACAGUUGGUCCAGCAACGUCGUCGACUGCUCCAACGCUGGAUACAAACAUGUACCGGAGCGAAUACCCAUGGACGCGACGGAGAUUUAUCUGGACGGUAAUGAGCUCGGUGAUCUGAGCAGUCAUGUUUUUAUAGGCAAACGUCGCCUGGAAGUGCUGUAUCUGAACAACAGUGGCAUCGUUGCGAUACACAAUCGCACGUUCAACGGUGUCGGUGCCUUACGCGUUCUCCAUCUCGAGGAUAACGCGCUGCGAGAAUUGCGGGGCUUCGAGUUCGAUCAACUGGAGCGCAUGUCGGAAUUGUAUCUGGAUCACAAUGCGAUCGCCACCGUGGGCAAUACGACCUUCAAGAAGAUGCGAAAUCUCGAAGUGCUGCGACUGGACAGCAAUCGUAUCAUUGAUUUCCGACCGUGGGAGGCCCUGCCGAGCGUUGGUGACGGUACCAGGGUCGCGUUGGAAGGCAACGCGUGGAGCUGCGAGUGUGGGAACGCUGCCAGAUUGCGCGCCUGGCUGGGAGAGCAUCGCGGCGAUCCGGAGAAGAUGUACUGCCGCGACGGCGUCGAGACUCUUGCCCAGGCAAUGGAGCGAUGCGGUGAUCCAUCCACGGAAGCCGUGAGCCGCGGUAUCCAGGAAAUUCCGCUGCUAGGUAGUAACUUUGUGCCUCUGCUCGCCGGCGCUCUGGUUGCUGUGAUCGCAAUCUGUCUCUUUGUCGCUCUGGCCUUCGUUUUCCGUCAGGAUGUGCGACUUUGGGCUCACGCACGGUACGGUCUGCGACUCGGCAAGAUGGCGGCGCCGCCCGACGAGGAGAGAGAUAGAUUGUACGAUGGUUACAUUAUCUAUAGUGAACGUGACGAAGAUUUCGUCUCCAGAUUCCUCGCGGCUGAACUAGAGCAGGCUGGUUUAGCUCUCUGCCUACAUUGGCGCGACUUGCCGCCGGCUAGGCCGCAGGAAGCGUUACCGCCUGCCGCCGCUUCCGCGAGACGCAUCGUGAUAAUCUUCUCGCCGGUGUUCCUCGCAAACGAAUGGCAGCACGCGGAGUUUCGUGCCGCUCUAAGAACCGCGUUGGAGAACAUCAGGCCAACUUCACGGAAACGUCGAGUGGUGGUGCUACUCGCUACCGAGACGCCGACCCGAGAUCCGGAGUUACAACUGCUGCUGCAAACGUGCACAGUAGUGAUCUGGGGCGAAAAGAGAUUCUGGGAAAAACUGAGGUUCGCCAUGCCGGACUCGGUCGACAAGCGGCGCGACAGCAAGAAGGUCAAUGACCGCAAUCGCACGCCGACGCGAUACACCGCGGCGCCGUCCGCCGCCGUGGACGUGUGGACCAAGCCUAAUGGCGUUUUGGUCGCACCGGUGCACCACGCACCCACGCCAACACCCACGCAAUCUACCUACGUCAGCUCGGCGUCCAGCCGCACCGAGGACGAGGACAGCGGCGCGGAACAUCAGCAUCAUCAGCAUCAUCCACAUCACCCGCAUCAGCACGGUUACAGCGCGCUGCACGCCGGUAACGGCCGUCCGGCCAGUCUGUCCUCGAGAGGCAGUCAUCUCUACAGCACCAUACCGGACCGCCGGUGGAUGCUCUCGGGCAAAUUACAUUUGCCAGGCGGGCAGGUGGACGGUCAACAAACCUGCGCCGUUUGGGGUGGAACGACGGUGGAAAACACGGGUAUAAUGAUAUGA